AUGGCGUGCGGCGCCAGGCUCCGCCUGCUGCUGGUACUCUGGCCUGUGGCAGCGAUGGACAUCUACACCCCCACCACCCUGGAGGUUCUGAAUGGGACAGACGUGCGCCUGAAGUGCACCUUUUACAGCAGCAUCCCUCCGGGGGAGAAGGUGGCCGUCACCUGGAACUUCCGGCCCCAGUCAAGCGGGCCGGACCAGAAUGUGUUCUACUACCACGAGCAGCCUUACCCCCCGACAAUGGGACGCUUCUCUGGCCGAGUGACGUGGGACGGCAACAUACACAAGAGUGACGCCUCCAUCAUGCUAUGGAACGUGAACCCGGCUGACAACGGGACUUUCCAGUGUCAAGUGAAGAACCCCCCUGAUGUGGGUGGGGACAUAGGCGAGAUCCAGCUGGCAGUGGUGCUGAAAGUGACCUUCUCGGAGAUCCACAUCUUAGCCCUCACCAUCGGCUCUGCCUGCGCGCUCAUGAUUGUCAUUGUGGUGGUGGUGGUGGUCUGCCGUCAGCAGCGGAGGAAGUGGCGAGAGAAGCACAUGGAGAUGGUGGAGACAGAACGUAACAGGUCAGAGAAGGAGAAGCUGAAGAAGGCUGAGCCGCAGGAGGCCGCACUCGUGCUGGGAGACAGAGCCUGA